AAGAAUUACAUGAAGUUAUAAAUGACAGUGAUUAUUACUGACUGACAUAUUAACUGAUAUUAUGCAAUAAACCCAUUUUUACUAAACUUUAUAACACAUAUUUUUCUGUUAUUUCUUCAAAGGAGACCUAUUAUGCUCAUUGUAUGACCCUUUGUAUUGAGUUGUGGAUUCCUAUAGAGCAGCAAUAACAAUAACACACAAUAAGAAGCACAGAAAGCUUUCUCGAUCUUCCAGAAUCUACACCUAUUCCAGCUGUAUUUCCUUGGCUAGCCAAAAUGAUUUGUUUUAAUUAAUUCCACCCACGGCUUGCCACAGUGCACGCCCUCUCUGCUGUGAUUGGUCACACUCCCAAGUCUUCCCGAAGACUUCCGGACUACUGCCGAACCCCAUUUUCUACCCCAUUUUCAUUUUUUUAAAUAAACCUUUAAAAGUGGUUAGGUGAUUUUUUACGGGAAAAGUCGGGUAGACCACCGGGGGCCCUACAGCUUGUGCUCACUGCUGGCACACUGUGAUGUCACAGAGAGGCGGUACUUGGUUUAACAGGAGAAUACAACAUUCUAACUACAUUUAUAGGUCAGAAAAGUGGAAAAAGCAUAAAGGUCCUCUUUAACUUCUUAAUGUCUAUUUAUUUAUCUAAGAGAUGGCCAUCAUGCAUUAGUUGAUGAAUGGAUUUAAAUAACCUUGAAGCCAGUAGAGCAAACAAAAGGAAUGCAGUAUUCGCCUUCAACCAGCAGAGGCGCUGUUGAUUCAGUCUCAGCUAGUUGUCUCUAUCUGCUUUCAUAUUUGCAUUUUUGCAUUUUUACAAAAAAUCAAGUUUAAUAAAGGUGUGUGUGUACGGGUGAAAAGCUGAAUAAUUUACAUAAACAUGCAUUUUAAAACAUAUUUUACGGAGAGUGUGUUUGAAUUUGUAGGGUGUUUUUUUUUUUUUGUGGUGCAGCAGCCGUGCUCAUCUUUUGGUGUUAAUCCAAAGCCUUGAAGAUUAAUAUGACUUUGUGAUGUCUCGUCACUUGUGUUUGUGUGUGAUGGAGAAAGAGGAAUGGAUGGAUGGAUGGAUGGUGGGGCUAGAGUAGGGAGAAGAUGUUAGAGAGUGUUGGUAUUUUUAGCUCCCCAUGAGUGUGUGUGUGUGUGUAUGUGUUUGUAUCCAUGCGUUUGGAUUAGCCUCUGUGACGUCUUGCUCAGGGGAAGGUAAUGUGCUUGUCCCAAAGAGCUGCUGCUGCUGCUUCUGUGGAAUUUGCAUAGAUUUGGUAAAGCGAGCAAGAGAGGAAGCGAGAGAGGAGCGUGAGUGGAGGGAGGGCUGCAAAGAGGACUGUAGAGAGAGGAUGGAAUGAAUAAGCAAUCUUCCCUUUUCCACUUGCUCCGUUUGCAUCUUGCUCUACGUCCUCUCCCGGGUUUAUCUCUGCAUUCACCCCAUCCGUCAUCUCUUGGUACCAGACUCCUUUUCUCCUCAUCCCUCCUCUCUCGCUCUCUCUGCUUCUCCCCAAAUGUCCUGCCCUGUCAGUCAAUGAGCCAGUGAAACCUCCUCCUCCUCCUCCUUCUUCUUCUUCUUCAUCCUUCCAAUCAUUCCCCCAUGCAUGCCAGGAGAUACAUGCACAGGCGUGGCACCAACACACACAUGCUUAUCAGGGAGACGACAUAAGGCGAGACCACCACAGCCCGGGCUGUUGAGAUGGGCAACUCUGUAAAGUCGCUCAAAAUUUUCAACAAGAAGGACCAGAAGAAGAACUACAAAGCGGUACAAUCCUGUGAGGAGGGGGGCUCAGGGGGGGGCUAUCUGGAGCCGCUAGUGGCCCUGGCCCAGAAUGGCGCCAACAUGCACAACGUGCUGGGCCCCGCGUGCAUCUUUCUACGCAAGGGCUUCGCUGAGAGCCGGCAGGCUGACCGAGAGCUGAGGCCAGAAGAAAUGGAUGAGCUGCGUGAGGCGUUCAAGGAGUUUGACAAAGACAAAGACGGCUUCAUCGGCUGCAAAGACUUGGGUAACUGCAUGAGGACGAUGGGUUACAUGCCAACAGAGAUGGAGCUGAUAGAACUCAGUCAGCAGAUCAACAUGAACUUGGGGGGGCAUGUUGACUUUGAGGACUUUGUGGAGCUCAUGGGGCCCAAACUUCUCGCCGAGACGGCGGACAUGAUUGGCGUGAAGGAGCUGCGUGAUGCUUUCAAGGAGUUUGACACCAAUGGCGACGGUCAGAUCAGCACCGCGGAACUACGAGAGGCAAUGAAGAAGCUUUUAGGACAGCAGGUGGGUCACAGAGACCUGGAGGACAUUCUGCGAGACAUCGACCUCAACGGAGAUGGACACGUGGAUUUCGAAGAAUUUGUUCGGAUGAUGUCUCGGUGACUUGCUCAUGGGGUGCAAAACAAUAAAACAAAUCAUAUCACGUCUGCCCUGAAGCUGCAGUGCUGGAGCACAAUGGCCGCCACAGCCUGUCAACAGUUGAUUUUAUUCUCCUGCUGGUUUCAUUUAGUAUGGACUGUCAACUUUUUAUCAACAAUCAAGCACAUUUUUCCGGUGCUAACGUGGUCGUUGAUGACCAUUGUAGCCAUUUAGAUGAUGUCAUGCUAAUCAUGAGUAAGACCCUACAAGGAGAGCCUGGGCUAAAAACAAUGGAGGUUAUCUCAGGGUAUUUUCUAAACAGGGUAGAAACUGUUUGAACGCACUAAGACUAGAUGGAAUGGAAUCAUCUUAAGGGAUGCUUUCAGGCUUGCUAGCAUAAAGCAUAAGGCAAUAUGGACUUUUUAUGUGGUCUUGUCAAAAAAAAAAAGUGUGGUUGUGUUCUGUGCUUAUUGUUGUUUCUUCACCAGGCACUAACUUCAACCCAUAAGACUGUUGUUGAAUUCAUUUUUUUGCUUAUUCUGUAAUUAAAUGAAAUUAUUGUAGCAAAGACAUCAUGUCAUGAAUAACUUACUGUAAAAUAUGUCUUUUUCUGUGUGCAUUAAGAUGCAAAAUACUGUAGCUCUGAGAACUGUUUAAAAUAUUCUGCAUGGAUAUACAGAAUAUUUUUUAAUCCCUGAAUGGACAUUUUGUGCCAGUCUGUUUUUUUUUUUUUAUGUUUUUUGAAGAUCUUAACGUAAACAAAUGCAAUCCACCAGAUUCCGAUUUGGAAUAUUGGCCAACUGUUUUUUAUUUUUUUGAUUUGCACACCAAGUGGAGCCACUUUUCCCCGUUCAAAGCACACAGCAAAACAUGGCACCUUCUACUGUUUAUUAAUUAUGGCUACUGAUGAAUGGUUUGCAUAACAUGAUAGUCAUUUGAAAUGAUUGACAUGUAUGAUAUUUUUAGAGCAAUCUUUGGGAAAAUGGCGUGAGUGAAUUUUAAUCUUGGAGGAUUAUCAAGUAAAAAGGGAUAAUGUGAAGAUUUUUUUAAAAAUUAUUUGUAUUUGAUUUUUAUAAAUAUAAUGCAAUGCUUGUUUUUUGUUUUUUUUUCUCUGAACUAUGUGCUUUAAUACCUCAGAAUAAUUUGGACAAUCGACUUCAUUCAGUUUAACCUGCCAUUUCAAAUUCAGUGUUUUUAUUCGUGCGAACAUAUCUUAAGAAGCCGUGUUUGGGUUUUUUUCCAGCAAAAGCCAAAGAAAGUUGACCAAAAUAUUAUGUUUUAUGGCAUGAUGAAGUGUUCCAAGGUAGCAAGAGCUGAAUAAAAGACUGUUGAUGAAAUGUGCAUGCCGGGAAGGUGAGCAGGUCUUUUAAAGGGAAUUGUCAUGCUUGUCUUAAUGGUGUGAAACUAUGCAUGCAACAGGCAAUUUGUAGCAAAUUGUAUAGAAAAAAAGAAAUAAAAGGUUUUUAUGAGCGUUAAACUGAUUGACUCAAUCACAAUUUCAUUAUAAUUUCAUUAUUUUAUACCAAAAAAGCAUUUUGCAUAUUCUGCCACAUACAUUUAAAUAUUAUGUUUAUUUUAUUUCAUAUGAUAAUGUUUUUUAUUAUUUAUUCUGUCUCAUUAACAAACAUCAUGUACCGUAUACCUGGGUAUUAUUACCAUGAAAUACAACCGUGGUGAAGUUAGUUUUUCGUUGGACGUUGGAUAUUCGCCUCCGUAGAAACGGCGGUCGUUCCCCUCACUGUGCCGGGCUGCUCUCUCCUUCUGCGGGGAGCUCACAUGGAAGUCCCGCCCUCUAUGCCGCUUGUUCUGACUAGGGACCGUCAAUAAAUUUCCAUUCGUUUCUAUUCCAUUGAAGAGAGUUUGCUAAAAAAAAUUAAAUCACACCAUAAAAUGAUCCAUAAAGGUGUUAAAUAAUGAGUCAUACCCUAAAAACAUUUGACACGCCCAUUUUUAGAAGUUUUAUAUUUUAUUGGGCUUCAUAUGACCUUUUAACAUGAAAAAAUUGAAAGACUUUGUAUUAUAGCAUGCAGGCCAUGCGACCUUGGCACUUCAAAUCAUUUUAUGUUAAUCACUUUAUAUUAAUAUUACAAUGCAUACCUUAAACUGUUGGUGAGCUAUAACAGAUUAAUUAUUUGAGUGGUGUUCUCGCUGCUUUCAGGGAAAAGACACUGGUAUAUUUGCUCCAGGGCCACCAGACUGGUAGACAGCCUGUAUCCUCAAAACAACUGUAACUGCUAAAGGGACACCAUUUGUCAGAUUGUUUUCACUGUCCCCAUCUCAUGUCCUGCACUGCCCUUUACAGCUGCUGAACUUUGGGUUACUGUGUUAUUACUUUCUGCACAAAUUAUUGCUGGAGUAUUAAAAAGCAGUAUAUUAAUUUUAUCUGUGAAGUUUGGGUGUUAUACGAGUGCUAUGCUGCAUAAAAAGUCAUUGACAAAUGUAUUGAUU